CAUGGGGAUGCAGAGAACACUGAGGAGGAGAGCUGGGGUGGAAAGGGACCCCGGCGCCCCGCUUUCACGAUGGCAUGACGUCACUGCACCCACCGCAGUUCCGGUCUCCACGCUCACUCGGGCUCCCAGCACUGCUAAGGGUGACCCACAAAGGCCGGCACGAUGGCCGGGGCCUCGGUGAAGGUGGCGGUACGCGUCCGCCCCUUCAAUUCUCGGGAGAUGAGCCGAGACUCCAAGUGCAUCAUCCAGAUGUCCGGAAGUACCACCACCAUCAUUAACCCCAAACAGCCCAAGGAGACCCCCAAAAGCUUCAGCUUCGACUACUCCUACUGGUCACACACCUCGCCCGAGGACAUCAACUACGCCUCCCAGAAGCAGGUAUAUCGGGACAUUGGAGAGGAGAUGCUGCAGCACGCCUUCGAGGGCUACAAUGUGUGCAUAUUCGCCUACGGGCAGACCGGGGCCGGCAAGUCCUACACCAUGAUGGGCAAGCAGGAGAAGGACCAGCAGGGCAUCAUCCCACAGCUCUGUGAGGACCUGUUCUCCCGAAUCAACGACACGACCAAUGACAACAUGUCCUACUCCGUGGAGGUCAGCUACAUGGAGAUUUACUGUGAGCGCGUACGCGACCUCCUGAAUCCCAAGAACAAGGGCAACCUGCGUGUGAGGGAGCACCCACUGCUGGGGCCAUAUGUGGAGGACCUCUCCAAGCUGGCGGUCACCUCUUACAAUGACAUCCAGGACCUCAUGGACUCAGGGAACAAGGCCAGGACCGUGGCAGCCACAAACAUGAAUGAAACCAGCAGCCGCUCCCACGCGGUCUUCAACAUCAUUUUCACCCAGAAGCGCCACGACGCAGAGACCGACAUCACCACGGAGAAAGUGAGCAAGAUCAGCCUGGUGGACCUGGCUGGGAGUGAGCGGGCUGACUCCACAGGAGCCAAGGGCACGCGUCUCAAGGAGGGAGCCAACAUCAAUAAGUCCUUGACCACGCUGGGGAAGGUGAUCUCUGCUCUGGCUGAAAUGGACUCUGGGCCCAAUAAGAACAAGAAAAAGAAGAAGACAGAUUUCAUUCCAUACAGAGAUUCUGUGCUGACCUGGCUCCUCCGAGAAAACCUGGGCGGGAACUCAAGGACGGCGAUGGUUGCAGCCCUGAGCCCCGCAGACAUCAACUACGACGAGACCCUGAGCACACUGAGGUAUGCUGACCGGGCCAAACAGAUCCGCUGUAAUGCCGUCAUCAACGAGGACCCGAACAACAAGCUGAUCCGUGAGCUGAAGGACGAGGUGACGCGGCUGCGGGACCUGCUGUACGCCCAGGGUCUCGGGGACAUCACAGACACCAACACUGUGCCCGGAGGACCCAAAUACAUGUCCGACCUUGAGAACAAUAACCGUAACCGUGGCGGGGCGGAGUUGAGUCCAGCCCCUGACAAUCUCUCCACAGUGACCAACGCCCUGGUGGGCAUGAGCCCCUCGUCCUCGCUCUCGGCCCUGUCCAGCCGUGCUGCCUCCGUGUCCAGCCUGCACGAGCGCCUCUUGUUUGCCCCGGGCAGUGAGGAGGCCAUCGAGAGGCUGAAGGAGACAGAGAAGAUCAUCGCCGAGCUCAAUGAGACAUGGGAGGAGAAGCUGCGGCGCACGGAAGCCAUCCGGAUGGAGAGGGAAGCCCUGCUGGCCGAGAUGGGCGUGGCCAUGAGGGAGGACGGCGGCACCCUGGGGGUGUUCUCUCCCAAAAAGACACCACAUCUGGUCAACCUGAACGAGGACCCAUUGAUGUCUGAGUGCCUCUUGUACUACAUCAAGGACGGGAUAACCAGAGUGGGCCGUGAGGAUGCAGAGAGACGGCAGGACAUUGUCCUGAGUGGGCAUUUCAUCAAGGAGGAGCACUGCAUCUUCCGGAGCGACUCCCGAGGGGGCAGUGAAGCCGUGGUGACCCUGGAGCCCUGUGAGGGAGCAGACACUUAUGUCAAUGGCAAGAAAGUCACGGAGCCCAGUAUCCUGCGGUCAGGAAACCGCAUCAUCAUGGGAAAGAGCCACGUAUUCCGGUUCAACCACCCCGAGCAGGCGAGGCAGGAGCGGGAGCGCACGCCCUGUGCGGAGACACCUGCCGAGCCCGUGGACUGGGCCUUCGCGCAGCGAGAGCUGCUGGAGAAGCAGGGCAUUGACAUGAAGCAGGAGAUGGAGCAGAGACUCCAGGAGCUGGAGGACCAGUACCGCCGGGAGCGGGAGGAGGCCACGUACCUGCUAGAGCAGCAGAGGCUGGACUACGAGAGCAAGCUGGAGGCCCUGCAGAGGCAGAUGGACUCCAGGUAUUACCCCGAGGUGAACGAGGAGGAGGAGGAGCCUGAGGAUGAAGUCCAGUGGACCGAGAGAGAGUGUGAGCUGGCGCUUUGGGCCUUCCGCAAGUGGAAGUGGUACCAGUUCACGUCACUGCGGGACUUGCUGUGGGGCAACGCCAUCUUCCUCAAGGAGGCCAAUGCCAUCAGUGUUGAGCUCAAGAAGAAGGUCCAGUUCCAAUUCGUCCUCCUCACGGACACUCUCUACUCCCCGCUGCCACCGGAUCUGCUGCCCCCAGAGGCCGCCAAAGACCGGGAGACUCGUCCCUUCCCCCGCACCAUUGUGGCCGUGGAGGUCCAGGACCAGAAGAAUGGGGCCACCCACUACUGGACGCUGGAGAAGCUCAGGCAGCGCCUGGACCUGAUGCGGGAGAUGUACGACCGGGCGGCGGAGGUGCCCUCCAGUGUCAUUGAGGACUGUGACAACGUGGUGACUGGCGGAGACCCCUUCUACGACCGCUUUCCUUGGUUCCGGCUGGUGGGCAGUUCAGUCAUCUCUGGCUGCAACAGCUACCCUCUUCUCAACACAUGCAUGAGCGAGCGCAUGGCUGCUCUCACCCCCUCCCCCACCUUCUCGAGCCCCGACUCCGACGCCACCGAGCCUGCCGAGGAGCAGAGCGUGGGGGAGGAGGAGGAGGAGGAGGAGGAGGAGGAGGACCUGGAGGACGACGUCUUUCCGGAGCACGCGCUGUGCGACGGCCGGGACCCGUUUUACGACCGGCCCCCCCUGUUCAGUUUAGUAGGAAGGGCCUUCGUGUACCUGAGCAACUUGCUGUACCCCGUGCCCCUCGUGCACCGUGUGGCCGUCGUCAGUGAGAAGGGAGAGGUGAAGGGUUUCCUUCGCGUGGCCGUCCAGGCCACCUCAGCUGACGAGGAGGCCCCUGACUAUGGCUCUGGCGUCCGGCAGUCAGGGACAGCCAGAAUCUCCUUUGACGACCAGCACUUUGAAAAGUUCCAGUCUGAAUCCUGCCCAGUGGUGGGGAUGUCCCGCUCAGGGACCUCCCAGGAAGAGCUGCGCAUCGUGGAAGGUCAGGGCCAGGGUGCAGACGCCGGGCCCUCAGCCGACGAGGUCAACAAUAACACCUGCUCAGCCGUGUCUCCGGAAGGCCUCCUCCUGGACAGCCCCGAGAAGGCCCCCCUGGAUGGGCCGUUGGACGCCGCCCUGGACCAUCUGCGCCUGGGCAACACCUUCACCUUCCGUGUGACCGUCCUGCAGGCGUCCAGCAUCUCUGCUGAAUAUGCCGACAUCUUCUGCCAGUUCAACUUCAUCCAUCGCCACGAUGAGGCCUUCUCCACGGAGCCCCUCAAGAACACAGGGAGGGGUCCCCCACUCGGCUUCUACCAUGUCCAAAAUAUCGCGGUGGAGGUGACCAAGUCCUUCAUCGAGUAUAUCAAGAGCCAGCCCAUCGUGUUCGAGGUCUUUGGUCACUACCAGCAGCACCCAUUCCCACCCCUCUGCAAGGACGUGCUCAGCCCCCUGAGACCCUCGCGCCGCCACUUCCCAAGGGUCAUGCCGCUGUCCAAGCCAGUGCCUGCCACCAAGCUCAGCACGCUGGCGCGGCCCUGCCCUGGGCCCUGUCACUGCAAGUACGACCUCCUGGUCUACUUCGAGAUCUGCGAGCUGGAGGCCAAUGGCGAUUACAUUCCUGCAGUCGUGGACCACCGUGGCGGGAUGCCAUGCAUGGGGACCUUCCUGCUUCACCAGGGCAUCCAGAGACGGAUUACCGUGACCCUGCUGCAUGAGACAGGCAGCCACAUCCGCUGGAAGGAAGUCCGAGAGCUGGUCGUGGGUCGAAUCCGAAACACACCAGAAACUGAUGAAUCCCUGAUCGACCCCAACAUCUUGUCUCUCAACAUCCUGUCCUCUGAUUACAUCCACCCGGCCCAGGAUGACCGGCAGUUUCUUGAUUCGGACAUGCCUAGGACCUUCUACCAGUUCGAGGCUGCGUGGGACAGCUCCAUGCACAACUCUCUCCUGCUCAACCGGGUCACCCCGUACCGAGAGAAGAUCUACAUGACUGUCUCAGCUUACAUUGAGAUGGAGAACUGCACCCAGCCAGCGGUCAUCACCAAGGACUUCUGCAUGGUCUUCUACUCUCGGGAUGCCAAGCUGCCUGCUUCGCGCUCCAUCCGCAACCUGUUUGGCAGUGGGAGCCUGCGGGCCUCGGAGAGCAACCGCGUGACGGGCGUCUAUGAGCUCAGCCUGUGCCAUGUGGCCGAUGCAGGCAGCCCAGGGAUGCAGCGGCGGCGAAGGCGAGUGCUGGAUACAUCUGUGGCCUACGUCCGGGGCGAGGAGAACCUGGCGGGCUGGCGGCCCCGGAGCGACAGCCUCAUCCUGGACCACCAAUGGGAGCUGGAGAAGCUGAGCCUGCUGCAGGAGGUGGAAAAGACCAGGCAUUACCUGCUGCUGCGGGAGAAGCUGGAGACCACCCAGCGGCCCGGCCCCGAGGCGCCAUCCCCUGCCUCCAGUGAGGACUCCGGGUCCCACGGCUCAUCCAGCCCCUCCUCCCCACUCUCUGCUGAGGGCCGGCCGUCCCCUGUGGAGACUCCCAACGAGAGGCAACGGGAGCUGGCCGUCAAGUGUUUACGUCUCCUCACGCACACGUUCAACAGAGAGUACACCCACAGCCACGUCUGCGUCAGCGCCAGCGAGAGCAAGCUCUCGGAGAUGUCUGUCACCCUGCUCCGGGACCCGUCCAUGUCACCUCUGGGCGCAGCCACGCUCACACCCUCCUCCACCUGCCCCUCUCUGGUUGAAGGGCGGUACGGAGCCGCAGAGCUGAGGACCCCUCAGCCCUGCUCCCGGCCGGCCAGCCCAGAGCCCGAGCCUGUGCCAGAGGCAGAUUCGAAGAAGCUUCCCUCCCCAGCUCGGGCAACAGAGGCAGACAAGGAGCCCCAGCGCCUGCUGGUUCCUGACAUCCAGGAGAUCCGGGUCAGCCCCAUCGUGUCGAAGAAGGGCUACCUGCACUUCCUGGAGCCGCACACAGCAGGCUGGGCCAAGCGCUUUGUGGUCGUACGACGUCCCUAUGCCUACCUAUACAACAGCGACAAGGACUCCGUGGAGAGGUUUGUGCUCAACCUGUCCACCGCCCAGGUGGAGUACAGCGAGGACCAGCAGGCCAUGCUCAAGACGCCCAACACGUUCGCCGUGUGCACGGAGCACCGCGGCAUCCUGCUGCAGGCCAACAGUGACAAGGACAUGCACGACUGGCUGUACGCCUUCAAUCCUCUCCUGGCCGGCACCAUACGGUCCAAGCUCUCCAGAAGGCGGUCUGCCCAGAUGAGGGUGUGAGCCGGAGCCCUCCCGGACAGCCACAGGCCGGCCCCCCAAGCCCUCAUCACCACCCGUCAUGUCACCGUGCCCAGCCUGCCCCUACCAGCAAGCCAGCGAGUCCCCUCUUGGGGACCGCGUCGGGCCCCGUGAGCGCCACCUCUGGCCCGGGGACCUGCACCAUACGACCUGUCCUGCUCCCAGCAGAGGCCGUGUUUGUUCUUUGGUCUUUCCAAGUGUGCCCUGGGUGGGAAGAGCUGGGAGGUGCUGGAAAGGCAGAGGGUACAAGCCACAGGGGCAUCGCUGCCGUUCUAAUAUUUUUUUAAGCAUAGACAGACUUAUAAUUAAUAUACAUUAGUUAGUGACAUUGAAACGGUCCACUCAGAAAUUAACUAUAAGACUGUGUUCUAUUUAUAAGUAUUUAUUUCUAAUGCCUUCACAUAGACCUGUAGGAUUCAGAUGGACCCUGUCCCCCGCUUGCUCCCACUCACAUCCCCCAGGGCUCAUAGGGAAGGCCAUGAUGAACGGGUGUCUGCACAGGCCGGGUGCCUCCUGGUUGGCACCAUGGGACACGCCUGGCCAGGCCCGAGCGGGGGCUUCUCCCCAGCCACAUGGGGGGGCAGGCCUUCAUCCCGGGUAGGGGGAGUGUGAGUGUCAGGCGACCUGGUGCCUGGAUCCUGAGCUGCGCGGAGGGGGGCGUGCAGUCCUCCAGCAGGAGGUGGCAUCCUAUCACCCAGACAACAGCCUCGGAGAUGCAGCUUCUCCCUGGGAGCAUGUGGAGCAGAGGGAGACCGGGCAGACGGGCCCCUGGGCUGUGGGGCUCUCCCAGCCAGGACUGCAGCUGGUGUCAUGUAUCCUGGCCGCUGGCGUGCAGGUGGCUGGGGUUCAAGGUGGUCUGGGCAGCCAGAGGCUUCAGGUGCUGCUUCUGCAGCUGCGGUGAGAAAUGGGGUGAGCUCCAGGUCAUUCUUGGGAAGAAAGUGUGUGACCUCCCCCUUUACCCCAAGAGAAGAGUUUCUGAGAGUCCCGGGGUCAGGUGAGGGCAGCCGGCCGGCCACUGUCCUCAGGGAGGUGCUCCUGUCCUGCACCCAGGGGCUGUCCUCCUGCUGAUGGGAGCUCUUGUUCCAAGAUCUACUUCCUUCUCUGUGCAGAUGCCACACCCAAGGCCCAGCCCCCACAGGGCAAGGGUCGGCUCCAGGCUGAGAGUCUGGUCAGGCAUCACACCCAGACCAGAAACACGUCAAAGAGACCGCGGGGCCCGGGGGUCUUCAAUGACGUGUUCCCACACCCAGUUGGCCUCCUUCCAACUCAAGGAAAAACAGCAACCAAACCACAAAACCUCUGUCCCUGCCAUGGCCCCCUGAGAGCAGGUUUCAUUCAGAGUUCAAGGGGUUCCAGGCCCAGGUUCGCGGCCAGCCGGUCUGUCCACACUGUUCUCUGCUGUCUUUACAGGCCCUGCGGGGCGUGGCUCACAGACCCCUCACCUCUUCACCCAGUUUGGAUUACCGUGUCACACCUGGUCAGGGGUUCCAAAGCCCGCCCCAUCCAGCCCCGGGCCGUCCCCGAUAGACACCCACGUGACAUGGGGACCCUAUCCCCAUUCUGUGCACCGAGGCCGGGAGGGUGUAUAGCUGCAUUCCUCCAGGGAUGUGUGGGGUCGGCUCCCACCCCAGGUGAGAAGGUUCUAAUUGGGGGCGCUCCUUGGGGAAAGUUAUUCAGGCCCCUUCAGCGCUGCCUCGGAUGUGGGACUAGGCUGGUGGGCACCCGACCUGAGCGGCCACUGGCAGUGGGGUGUGGCCUGCCAGCCGCCCCAGCCCGGCCAGAAGCAGAGAGGCCAGUGUGCCUUCUCCACCCCCAGCCACAGGCAGUGCCUCAGUGGCCCCUUUUGCUCUCUGCUCCCCCCUCCACCAGUGCGUGGGAGGCACCCCUGGAGUGUAGCUACUUCACUAAGACACGUGUCCUGGAAGGCCACAUCUGCAAGGCACAGGGCUCUAUAGCCUUCCUUGGAGGCCCUGGAUGAGUGCUUCCAUCCCAGACUGAAAUCACAUGUCAUCCAGAAACCAGAUGUUCCCAGGCUGAGACACAGAGAGCAGGGGUGCGGCAUGGUCCAGAGCAGCACUUUUUCUGGCUUUUACGAGGGCCUGGAAGGCAGGGAGGAGGACCGCAGAGGGCAGGGGCUGUCCUAAGGUGAGCUGGUUCCCAGGAGCCCCACGUGCCUGCAGGGAGCCCGGAGGUGCCCGGCCCUGGCCACAGCCCACUCAGGUCAGCCAGCCUGCAGCCGUGGCCUUGGAUGGUCUGAGGCACUCGCACCCAGGACGCAGGUGUCUGAGGCCAGCCAACCUGCAGAGCACCUGCCUCGUGGGGCGGGCUGAAGGAAGGGGGCCUGCGCGAGGGUUUCUGGGAACCACCCUAAAUUUGGGAGCCUCCACAGCCAUGGAGGUUCUUCAAGGACUGUUUAAUUUUGGCCUGAUGCCCCUUGGCAGUUGCUGGGAGCCCUGGCCCUGUUGUCACAGCCAGACCCUCAGAGUGCUGGGGAGAGAAAUCCGAGUCAGAAAAGCUGGUCUCUUCACGUCUGCCCUUGCCAGAAGCUACCCACAUGUCACGUUAGGGGGCCAAGCAUUUAGCAAACUGGGGUGUGGGCUUCAACUCUGUGACCCCCGGGGAGCUGAUCUGGGGGCCCCUGAGGGUCUACCCAUUGUGGGGUGCAGAGAGGAAGGUCAGACCUGACAAUUUCCCACUAAGUGGGAAGAGACGAAAGAUCCAGAAAGCCUAGUCUCUGGGAGGUUUUUUGUUUUACUGCUUGAUGCCACUCAUUUUGGUUUGAGGGACAGCCAUCCUCCCCUAGAGAAGCCCUCUGCCUCCUCCAGGGGAGGGUGAGCCCAGGAAGUGGGGGCGCUGGGCUCCAUUGUGUCCAGGCCAGUCCCCGGGGGGUAGCUGAGAGGCUCCUGAGUUCUUUCCAAGUCAUCACUCCUUCGGUGCCCGUGUCCCAUUCACCCAUCGCACACACACACACAUGCUCCCGGGCCUCGGGGGGCUGCAGUGAGGGGCCCUCCCUGAGGGGCAGGUGUGGUGAACACUCGGGGAGAGUUCCUGAACGCUGCCGGUCCAGGUGUGAGCGGGGUCAAGCUGUUGGUCCUCUGUCAGCUCUCUCCCGCUCAGGACUCCAGAAGGCGCCCUCCUCUUAUCCCUGGGAUCAGCAGAGGCUGUGGCUUCCUGUGGGCCUGCGCUUCCUGCCGCUCGCCGUCCCCUCAGCUUCCCCUAGCUUGUACAUAUGUGGUUGUGGCACACCCUGGGCCCCCGCCCUGUAACCACCAUCCUGAUGUAACGACUCUAGUUCCCUGACGUCCUAAACCCGAGUGUUAGGCUCUAGGCUCCUGUACUGUGUGUGUGCACUUAAGAUUCUGUCCAAUUAAGAAAUAAAUGUGGCUCCUUAUGCAACACCCGA